AUGGCACAGGACCCAGACAAGGAGAACCGUCGAUUGAUGGAGGCCAUGGACCAGCGGACCCCCCCGUAUGGCGGACCGGUUGAGGAUGGCGGUUCGUUUUACGAAGGGGCCUCGAUUCGUGAUGGCGGCUCCUUCCGGGGCUACAGAAGUAACGAGGAGGAGCAGCAUGCACAGGAAUAG